GGUAAUUAAUCUGGAAGCAUCCUUAGAACCUAAGAAAACGCUUCGUCACGCUGUGGGAACGCUGAUAGUUGUUGUCUGCGUAUUUUCGUGAGUAUAUAUAUAUAUUUGUGUAUUUUCUCUGCACAGAAAUAUCUCGCAAAGGUUGUCGAUCUGCUCAAUCUACUCUCGGAGAAGCUAUUGGAAUUUGAGUAAGGAUUGUCAAUCAUGUCUAUGCUCGAUUCCUUCUUCAAACAGCGUUUCAACGCUGCCAAAUGUAAAACUUUGCUGAAGCUCACAAUCCCUAGGAUUAAGUUACUGAGGAAUCGGAGAGAGAUUCAGUUAAAGCAGAUGCGUAAAGAUAUUGCUAAGCUACUUGAAACUGGUCAAGAAGCUACAGCCCGGAUUCGGGUGGAGCAUAUCAUAAGAGAAGAGAAGAUGAUGGCUGCACAAGAAAUAGUUGAGCUCUUUUGUGAGCUUAUUGCUGUCCGUCUUCCGAUAAUUGAAGCACAAAGGGAAUGCCCCCUGGAUCUGAAGGAGGCAAUUUCCAGUGUAUGCUUUGCGGCACCAAGAUGUGCUGACCUUCCAGAGUUGCAGCAGGUGCAGAUAUUGUUUGCCGGAAAAUACGGUAAAGAAUUUGUCGUGGCUGCAACAGAGCUUCUGCCUGAAUGUGGUGUUAAUCGGAAGUUGGUGGAGCUUUUAUCGAUACGAGCUCCCGCCCCUGAUGUAAAGCUGAAGCUGCUAAAGGAUAUUGCUGAAGAACACCAGCUGGACUGGGAUGCAAGUGCUAGUGAAAAGGAAUUACUGAAGCCACAUGAGGACUUACUGAAUGGGCCAACGCAGUUUGUUUCCGGCUCCAAACUUCCCCUUCCAGAGGAGAAGCACAACGACACUAUUUACACAGCACCAGAGCCACCUGUUCAUCAACACUCGGAUUCUGAUGAAGAAGACUACGAUAUCAUCGAUUUCCCUGAAGUUCCCAAGGAGCCCUUACAGUCGCAUAAAGGCAAUGCUUCAGCACCCGAAAUGCUACCCUUUCCUGCCUCAGCAUUCUCUGAUGUUGAUGAUCAAGAAGAACCAAAAUCCACAGGUGCUAACGAAGAUCAUUCUCACUUGGAGCCUGAGGCUGUGGUGGUGCAAGAGAAAUCAACCGUAGAGGAAUAUGCAUCACCCGAAACAUCAUCUGGUCCACCGGUAGACAAGCAAUUUGUGCCGUUCAUAUCUCCUCCUCCUCCAUCACAACCUUCACCAUCAUUGCCGCCAAGAGAACAAACUUCACCCCCUCCAAAUAUCUCGAAGACGAAAAGUGACAAUGUGGAUCUACAGGAUGUUCUAGCUGCCGCUCAUGCAGCUGCCGAGACGGCUGAGCGCGCUGCAGCAGCUGCUCGGUCUGCAGCUAGCAUCGCUCAGCUAAGAAUCAGUGAGCUCGCCAAAAACAAGAAAGAUGAAGCGUCAGAAGUUCCUUCUGUCGAGAAUCCAUUCCAUCUCAACAAAGUUAAGUCAGAUGUGGGGGGAAAGAUCGAUUUAAGCAAGCAGAACUCAAUCAGCGAUUCUGACAGCGCUGGCUCUCCUAGCCCCAACAGUGGAGGAGGAAAUUACAUGAAUCAUCAACCAACGGCGCAUUAUGAGCCACAAGUGGGGGUCGAUCCAUCCUCGCCUGGCACCAAUAGAAUUCUCCGUCAUCAUCAACCACAGAGACUACCUUCGAUGGACGAAGAACCGUAUUUCUCUUAUCCAAACCUGUUCACGCCUCAAGGAUCAAACCUCAGCUCCCGCCCCGAGUCAUUCAAGGAUACCAGGGCUGGAGUCGCUCGAUUGUGAUGUAGCAAGGCAGCGAACAUCGCCAUCCCUUCCGAGGCUAGUUAGCAACUUCAUAUGAUGGAUGCAUCAAAUGGUUUGAGAUCUUUCGAAGAAACGCAUAAUGCAGAUAUAAAAUCUUUCUUUGAUUCUGCUCCUCCGCUAAAGGAUGGUGAGGACAUCAAAAGAAAAUUAGAAGAAUUUUUAGGAAAGA